AUGUGCAAGAGGUUUCAUAAAUUGCUUUUGUUGGUGGCUAUUGUAUUGCUUGAAUCAGUGAUUUUUCCUCCCAAUUCAUGGGGAGCUACAGGUGAUGAGGCUGGAUGCAUAGAGAAGGAGAGGAAAGCCUUGCUUCAAUUUAAGGAUGCUCUUGGGGAUAAUAAUGGCCUUUUCCCAUGGUCUUCAUGGGGCCAUGGACAAAAUAGGAGAAAUUGUUGUCAAUGGGAGGAAGUUUGCUGUAGCAAUCGAACAGGUCAUGUAUUAAAGCUUGACCUUCACAAUGAUUUCAAACAACCGUAUUUGCAAGGUAAGAUUAGUUUGUCGUUGAUGGAGUUGCAAUACUUGAUGUAUUUCAACCUUAGUUUUAACCCUUUUGACAAUAGCUAUAUCCCUGAGUUUUUUGGCUAUCUAACCAACUUAAAGUACCUUGAUCUACGAGCUUGUUAUUUAAGUAAGCAAAUUCCAAGUCAACUUGGACAUCUUUCACACCUACAAUAUCUUGAUCUUAGCAUUAAUAAUUUGGAAGGCCCAAUCAUUUUUCAACUUGGAAAUCUCUCACGAUUGAGGUAUCUUGAUCUCUCGCGGAAUAUAUUUCUUGAAGGAGCAAUUCCUUAUAAACUUGGAGAUCUCUCACAAUUGCAACAUCUUGAUCUCUCUCACAAUAAUCUUGACAGAGAAAUACCUUAUCAACUUGGAAAUCUUUCAAACUUGCAGAGGCUUUUCCUUGAAGAUAAUAAAGCUUUGAAAAUUGAUCAACAAAAUGGUUAUGGAGGUGAGUGGUUGUCUAGUCUUACUUCUUUGACCCAUCUUAAGUUGGGGAGUAUAACCAAUCUCAAGUACUCUCACAACUGGCUACAAAUGAUUGGAAUGCUACCAAACUUGAAAGAAGUGGGCUUAUCAGGUAUUGGUCUUUCAGACCAAUAUAUCCUUUCAUUGCCCUCUUUCAAAUUCAAUUCCUCCUCUCUUUCUACAUUUGAUCUAUCUGGGAAUAAUUUCAUGUCAUCUGCAAUAUUCUAUUGGAUUUUAAAUGUUAGCCCCAAUCUUUUUAUGCUUGAUCUUCAAGGACAAACCAAGGUGAACAAAGCAUCUUCAUGGUUGACUGAUGUGCAAGACAAGGGACUUGGAUUGAGAGUCUGCGGUGAAGCCAUUAUGUUAUGUUAA